AUGUCUAUGACAGGUGAAGAUACUGAUAUACCCCCCAUUCAGAAAAAUGAUAUAAUUUUCCAAAAAUUAAAAAGAUUGCCUGUGAUAACACUCUGUAAACUUAUUAUUGAAUGGAUGCAAAGAUUCCCAAUAAAACAUGGUCAUUUGAAUAGACAUAAUAUUAACGAGCAUUUAGAAACAUUAUUAAAGAGAAAAAUUGGAAGACCGGAGUUAGCAAAACUUAUUAUAAGAAAAUAUUGGAAAAAUGGAUUAAAUUUGUUUCAAUUAGCUCAAUUAGAUGUAUCGAUUCUUUUACAACAUCCAAAAAGUUAUGUUUGGAAUUCACAUACAAUAUAUAGAACAGAGAUUGAAAAAUUUUCACCCGUAGUGAUACCAAUUGAAUUUUUACAAACGUUACAAUCCUUAUUUAGGAAACAAAAUCAAAAAUGUCAUAUUUUUUAUAAAAAACAUCCAAUUUUACCAUUAAGUAUGUUCAGAGUAUUAUUAUUUGAAAAUGAUAUAAAUGAUAAACAUUACGUUGAAAGAGUACCAUUUUAUAUAGUAUUUACAAUGUCAAAAUCACCAAUUAUAAUUCAUUCAAAUUAUAAAAUAUCUGAUAUUUUUGCUAAAUUAAUAAUGCAACUUGUUAAAGAAACUAUAAUGAUUAUUUCACGAAUUGACUCAUAUCAUACUCAUUCAAUGUCUAGUUCAAAAAGUGCUGAUUAUAUAACAUUACGCGAUGAAAAUUCAAAUUCCACAAAGGAUUUAUCACAAAUCUACAUAACGUCGGGUAUUGAUGGAUCAGGAAAUCCAAUGGGAAGUUGGUCAAAUUAUGGUAAGGGUACAUCUGAUAUUUCUCCAUUAAGUAAUAUCCAAACACAUAAAUCUAUCAUAGGUAAAGAUGAUCAAAUACGGCAAGAACAGUAUGACAAUAAACUUGAACUUCAAAAGAAAUCUAUGUUACGAUUUCAUGGGAAAGAAUCUGAUGGAGACCCAAAUUAUGAUAAUGAUAUUCCAGUUGAGAAAGUUAAAUUUACUUUAGAGAAUCAUAUAGAUGAUGAUCCAUUAUCUACACCUGUAAUAAUUAAUUUUGAAUUUGCUGGUAAAGAUGUAUUUGGUGGUAUCCAAGAAUUAUGCGAUAAAGGUUUCAUUGAUGUUGAUCGUAUACCCGGAUGGUUAUGUGGUGAUAAUGGGAAUAAAUCUGGAAGAAUUAUAGACGGAGAUUUUGAGGAAUUCAAAAAGAGAGGUGGUUUGAUAUAG